AUGUCCGGAGAAUUGGAAACCAAGCUAAAUAAUACGUCGGAGGACACAUUGACUCCGAGCACCAGGGAAGAUAAUCACGACGAGCCCAAGUUAACGGAACAAAUGUCGAACCUGUCGUUGAAAACAUCAAACCUCAUACCGAGUGCUGUGUUGAAAAUUAAGAAUGUGCCACUGGAUACCACACUAAGGGAGGCGUUUCUUAUAUUCUCACUGUGUUUAGAUGAGGUUGUUUUCGUCGAUAUCGUCCAUGAAGUGGACUCGCCAACUCAUGGCUCGUCUCCCGCGCAUUUGAAUAAUGGCUCGAUCUCGACAUCGCUUUCUAGUCAUGGUUCUGUGUCAUCGAGCCCCGUCAUCAUCGCCAAAUUUAGCUCGCUGAAAACAGCGCAGCAAGUUGCGCAACUUCUCGACGAUAAAUGCUUAUUCAGUACUGCAUAUCAGCCGGUCAACGUGGAAUUGGUCAACGACCAACUUGAUCAAACGUCGUCAUUUGCUAGUUCGCCUUAUGCACAGACAUCGCCGUCUCACAACUCAUCAGCUCUUCCGGUUAUUAGCUCGCUCGGCCCACCUCAGACGUCAAAUAUUGGACUGAAUAAAAGACCCCCGCUAAGCACGCAAAGAUCGAGAUUCCUUUUCAGCGAUCCAUUUUCAAGUCAUAAUAAUCCAAACAUACCUCCCGGCUCUUCCACUUCAUCAGCUUCAUCAACAGCAUCGCAAUCCCAGACUGUGCCGUCUCAACCGACUUCAGCCCUACCAGGCGGAUUGGUUCCAGGGCAACAGAGCACUGUUCCUGUGACUUCAACGUCAUCCACGCAGAACGUCUUCGAUCAACUGACCUCGCCUUUGUUGGCUUCGACUAGUAAAGGUGUGCUUUUGAUGGACUCGCAUAAUGAGUACGACCAAAUGGUCAGACCGUGGUCUACGGGAAGCAAUGGCCUACCGUCAUCGCAGCAAAAUUUGAGUACAUCUAAGAGUGGGUCCUCUCCCGCAAACAACACACCGACUAAGAGCAUCCCUGAGUCGUUGACCAUCAAUACCGGUCUAGCUUCCUCCCUUCCGACAGGGUUACCCACCCCGAUCACAAACGAGUGGGACAGAAGAAAACAAGGAUCUGCUUUUUUCAAUGGAAAUCAAUCAACGCCUGCCACAAGUGCUCCUUCGCAACCUAAUGGAACGCAGCAAUCGAUGCUUGUCAACGGAGCUUCAACUCCUUCGAUUACGUCGCCCCCAUUCCAGCAAUCGUUGGUUCAGUCUUCUCAGCAACAACAGCAGCAGCAUAUUCCCGAGUUGUCAUUGUUGGCCAGAGUGCCUCCACCCGCGAAUCCCGCUGACCAAAAUCCACCAUGCAACACACUGUAUGUUGGUAAUCUGCCACCUGACGCUACAGAGCUUGAGCUUCGUACUUUAUUCCAGCCACAGAAAGGCUUCCGCAGGUUGUCGUUCCGAACGAAGCAAAAUACAGGUAACGGAUCAAGCUCGCAUCAUGGACCAAUGUGCUUUGUUGAGUUCGAAGAUGUUGCUUACGCUACACGGGCUUUGGCAGAACUGUAUGGUCGCACACUUCCUCGUGCCAAUGGAUCUACCUCGAAUAAUAAAGGAGGAAUCCGCCUGAGUUUCAGCAAGAAUCCACUAGGUGUGAGGGGUCCAGGCCAGAACCGACGGGGGUCCAAUAAUCCAAGCUACGGUUCUCAAAAUAAUACAACGCAAAACGGCAAUGCAACUGGGGCUGCUGUGCAGAACGGCGGAAGUCAGUACAAUGGAUUCCAACAGUUUUCCUACCAGCAAAUGCCACUUUCCCAGUAUCCGAAAUGA